AUGGUUCAAAACUUAAAAGUUAAAGUGAAGAAAAGUAAAAUUACUGAAAGGAAGAAUAAAUCGAAAAAGUCAAAAAAAAAUAAAGAAAAAAUAGUAGUGAAAAGUUUAAGAAAAAAAAGCAAAUUAGUUAAAAUUAAUAAAAUUGAAGAAAUGGCAAAAAAAUUGUGUUCUUCUGCUAAUAAUACUCUAAAAUUCAUAAAUGGAAAAUCUGAUAAAUAA